CUAUCAAUCCAAAUCUGUUUCAUUUAUAUAGUAGGAAGCAGAACAAAAGGCGAGCAGAUGAGACAAAGGAAGGGCAGGUAAGCAAGCGCCAGCGAUUUCAUCUCUUCUCAAUUCUCUCCCGCGAAAGAUUUCCAUUGACAAAGAAAUUCCUGUCUCGCAUCACCAUCACCAUGGAUCCCAAGCCUUCACCAACUCCACAAAAUUCCAAUCAAACCCCUAACAAACCGAGACAAAGAGACUUUUUGAAUCAUUUAGAGAUUUACCUUGCAAAACGAGAUGGGGUUGACAAGCUCCUCAAGAUGUCACGUUACGCAACCAAGAUCAUCUUAGCUUCAUCCCUCCUCCCGGAAACCUUAAUCUUAACGAAACGACUAAAGAGUUUCGAGUCAAGUGUUGGCCUCAGUCGCAAGGCAUUUCGACUUGGGAAAUUUGUUCAAGAUGUCAACGCAUUGAGGGACUCUCCUUUUGAUACAAAACAAGAAACCAUACUCUCAAUCAUUGCAUAUGGAGGUGAGGGUUUGUAUUAUUUUGUUGAGCAGUUUGUUUGGUUGGCUAAAUCGGGUUUGAUUGAUAGCAAACACUCCAAAAGUUUAGGAAAAGUUAGUGCGUGGGCGGAGUUUGUUGGGUAUAUUGGGAGUAUUUCUUUGAAAUUUAGAGAUUUGAAGAAAUUGAGUGAAGACGAGGUGUGUCUGGAAUCGAGCAUUGGAGUUACUAUUACGAGAGGAGUUGGGUGUCAAGAGGGAGAGAGGAGAUUGUGGAAGCUGAGAGAGAAGAAGUUGAUGAAGAAAUUAUCUAUUGUGCAGGAUUUUGCUGAUGGGUUAAUGGCCUUGGCUGAUAUCCGUGACGGCAGAGGGCGAUUUUCAGGGCCGCUUUUGAUGUCUUGUGCAGGGCUUUUAUCUGCUCUGAUUAGUACUCGUAAGAAUUGGGUCUCUUGCUGAGAUUGACAAUUGCCGCGGAAGCCCUCAGGUACCUCUCUUCUAUUCAACUGUUAUUCCGGCCAAAGUGAUAAACAACUGGUAGCAAUUGCAAUAGCAUCUGCUCCCCUCUAAGGGUGAUGGCCGGAAAUUGUUCAAACCGAAUGUCACAACAUCAAAUUUCAUUUCAAUAUCUAAAGGCGGUGUAAAGUUUGCCAAUUAUUUGUCAACAAAUUUAACAGAUAAAGUAUGCACCCAUCGAAGAUUUAUCAAAAGAAACGAACCCUGAGCAGAAGAAACAGAAGAAGAGAGAAGAAAAACAAAGCAAAAUCCCGUCACACAAGUUCUAGUACUAGGAAACCAUUCGUUAAGGUUGUCUUAAAAAAAAUGAGAAAUAUAAAAGUAUUUUGUGGAGUCAUUGCAUCCUUCACAAGUUCAAAAAGGAGAAGGGAACAACUGGCAGAUAUAAGAAGCCAUGAGAGAUUUCAAUGCCUGGCAUCGAAAUCAGGUGCUCCUGCUAGACUCUGAAAAGUUUCAGCCCACCUGAGUUCGACCCAUACGAUUAUUGCAGAGAAUUUUUCUUGGACAUAUAUCUCUGGCUUCCCACUGUAAUCAACUCAAUGGCAAGUCUUUAUCCUUUUCGUUU